AUGAAUCUCCUGAUGCUGGCCUUCACUAUCUGUGGGUCUCUAACUCUGGUGGCCAAAGUCACCGAACAGCGUAAAAAAUGCUGGAUUGACUAUGUGCAAGGACGCUGCAGGAAGAUAUGCAAAGUUACUGAAAUUCGUGAGCUGUUGUGUAAAAAUGGGGGGUAUUGUUGCCUCAGUAUCAAAGAAGUGGAAGCCCGUAAAAGAAUUACAAACCCUCCGCGUCCAAAGCCUAUAACGUAUGCACUGACUUUGCCUCAAGAUUACGAUACACCAAUGGAAAAUAUCUCAAGCCCUAACCCAGAUUCUCCAUAAAUCAAGUACAAGUUUUUCUUCAUUUUUUUCUCAGCCUAUUCCAAUGAACUAAGGUAAAGAAAUUUAUAUCUUUUCA